UAUUUAUUUAUUUAUAUUUAUUUAUUUAUUUAUUUUUAUUUAUCCACUUGUUAUGUAUGUGUUGUGGUGUGCAAGGGUCGUGCUGGCGCGGCGCAGGGGGGCGAUGAGGGGGAGGAGAGGAGGAGGAGGAGUUUGAGGAGGGAGGAGGGGCGGGGCGGCCGCUGCGCGCGCCGCACGCCCAGCUCGACCCGCCCGGGGCUGGAGCCCGACGACGGCUUGCUUGCAGCUGCCAGCCCAACAGGGCGCGCCCUCGCCCGCCCCCCGCGCGCCCUCCGGCCGGCGCCCGGCGCCGCGCUCGCUGCGCGCACCCUCGCCCACGCGCCGCCCGCCCGCGCGCCGCCACGUGCUGCGGAGCCGCAUGAACUUACUAUUAGUAGCAGUGUCCUCGGAUGGAACGAAUCAACCGAUUCGGGUGUGCUUCUGCGACAUAGGCCAUCCAUUCUUGUGGAAGAAGAUUCAGAUAUCGUUAGCUCGCAGCCAUCCUCUGCAUCGGUCAGGGAUCCUUUUCCUGUGGUUAUAAAGAGUUCGUCAAGACCUCCAGUGAGCCAUAGUGAAAUAUUUGAUUCCCCGCGAGACCCGAUCUCGCCGAGUGAAUUGGAACCGUUGCCGAAGGAACCGUCGUGUCAGAGUGUUUCGUUCGCGUCGCGUACGGAAUCGGUAUCACGUGGUGAAUCGUUCACGUUGCGAAAUGAAUCGUUACUUCAGAGUGAUUCGUUUGCGUCCAGUUUGAAAUCGUUCCCGUCAAAUGAUGUGCGCCCGUUGCCACAAGUUCUCAGUGACGCGAUCGUGACCCCGAAAGAACCGUUCCCGCCGAGUGAUUCGUUCGAUGUACCGAAGGAUCCGAUUCCUUCGACCGACGCAACCGCGCCGCGCCAUUUCCCCCCGGUAUCCGCGUUCCUCAGUGAAUCGUUCGUGCAAUUCCAGAAACCGUUCCCGUGUUCGAAGAAUAUGUCUUCGAGGCAACAGUUCCUGCGUAAAAUGUGUAGCAUUACCGAUUGGGGGUGUGCAAACCCUUUGUGUAAAUGUGAGCGGUGCAUGGUGUGUGGUGAUGAAUCGAAGGCUGAAGACCCGUUCUUUACAGAAGUGAAAGUAACGGAGAGCCCUCGGAGGCCCCCGCGACGGACGCGCGAAUGUCGGUUGGGACCCGACGCGUGUUCUCGUGUGCGCGUUGGACGAAUCCUAAGUGACGUCAACGACGAGGAAGAACCAGCAACCAACAUCACCUCGCAGGAAGACAUCCACCCCCAAAACGUCGGUUCCACCUCGCCCGUCGCAAUAUCUUGUGAUUCACUCACCACCCUCGACGAAUCCAAUCGUGCGUCGAACGAAUCUACCGAACCGACUCCGCGACCGUGUGCUUCUCCCAUUGUGCAGUGUGUGUCAUCCUCUCUAUCACGUGGUUCCAUUACGUUACCGAGUGAUUCCAUCUCGUUGCGUGGUGAAUCGCCCCCGAAGCCCAACAAUUUAACUACCGCCGCAAGUGAUUCGGUCUCGCCGCCGUGUGAUUCGUCCUCUGCACUCACCGAAUCGCUCUCAGUGGCCGAUGCACCGAGUGAUGCAAGUAUACGACCGGUCCAGUCAACUAGCCUGCCGGAAAGUUCAACCACCACCGUCGCGAGCAGUGAAGUGCAACUGCGGGUGAAACGGCGCCCGGUGGACGGCGAUUCGUUCCCGUGCGAAGGACUCUGUCGCGUCGCCGGGGUGGGUCGCCGGAUCGGACCGCAUGCGUGUCGGCAGAGGAAGUCGACGACGAGAAGGGUUCGUGCCCACGGAGGAGGGCGAGGACGGGACGGAAGCCGCAGGGGUCGGUCGGCUAGCCUGUUCGCCUCUCGGAGGCGGAUACGCUCUCUCUGGCGAGACACCUGGCCAGGGCAGCGAGUUGCGCUCGCCCACCAGCCUCGGGACUCCCGACCGCUCUCCUUC